CAUCUUUUCAAACGGACAGACAACUUUCGUUUCCAUCGACGGUGCGUUGGUCUUGUCGAAGAACGUCAAAAGUUUCUUGUUUUUGGCAGCUCCAUGCGAAUAAUUUAAACGUUCCAGUUUAAUUCUUUUUGGCGUCAAAAACAUCAAAUAAAGUCUUCCCUGCAGACUUUCCGAAUAUGCGAAUGUGCUCAUAUACACAACUUCGUGCCGGAUCUCAAGUGAAUGUUUGUGUUUGAUGUGCGUCCGCAAAACAAAAAUAAACAACUCUCCCCCAAAAAACGUCGUUCGCUUUGCGUGUUUGCCUGAUUUAAAGUGUAAUUGAAAAUCUGCUGCUGGAAAUGGCCGAAAUAUCUUCGUCGAACGAAAGGAAUAUCUACGCGAAGCUGGAGGCGAUCAAGGAGAUCCGGAAUAAGACAAUUCAACUGGAGAAAUUGAAGUUCCGGAUUAUUCGGGAGGUGAAGAUUGGGGAUGAAGAGGAUAAAUGCUUGGCGGAGUACAGGAAGGAGAUGGAACUGCUGCUGCAGGAGAAGAUGAGCCAUGUGGAAGAACUGAGGCAAAUUCACGCCGAUAUAAAUGAGAUGGAGGCCGUUAUCAAACAAACUGAGGAGAACCGAAUGCGAUCAAUCGGAAUGGCGAAUCGUAUACACGAGGAAUAUUAUCCAUUAAAAACAGAAAUAGAUCAGAUGCGUCGUGAGUACUUAGGAUUGAGUCCAUUACGUGAUCUGCACGAAGAAGAAGGCAGCGUCAUCACAAAGGAUCGAUUCCAGAAUAAUUACUUCAAUACAAAAUCUCAAACGGCUACGACAUCAUCUUUUGCUCGUCCUCACGCUCGGCAUCCAUUGUUGCCAGAAUCGACAGUGACUUCUUUACAACCAUCAGGACCACAUGCAUUCAUGCCACCUCCGCCGCCAGUCGGACCGAUGCGUUUAAAUAAGCCGGAAAUACCGCCGAAUCGGAUGCAACAGAGUCCGUCAAUAGGAAUGGGUCAUCCUACCUUCAGGUCUGAUUUUAAUGUCAAUUUAAGGCAACAACCGCCCCCGAUGAAAUCAUGUCUAUCGUGCCAUCAGCAGAUCCAUCGGAAUGCGCCAAUAUGUCCUUUGUGUAAAGCAAAGAGUCGGUCGCGUAACCCGAAAAAGCCGAAAAAGAAAGAACACUAAUAGAUCCCCGUCAAAAAAGGAAACGACAAGCGAAAUGAAACAACAUGGGAACAUUCCGUUGGGUUUCACAGCGAAUCGAUCAGCGUGUCGUAACGUUAUCGCAUCAAAUAUUUUUGCCAAAAGGGUUUUGAACUUCCCUUCGAUUUAGUUCAAUGUGGGCUUCUUAAAAUGAAGCCUAACACAUUAAUAAAUAAUCAGUAUCUAUAAUUAUCGUCGCAUUCAUGAGAUAAGUUGAUGUUCUCUUUUUUUGUAUUGUAAUUUUAUCACGUAUUUCGAUAGCUUUAAGUAGAGUAAUUUCGAAAUCGUCAAUUCUAUGUCAUUUAUUGUACUAUUGAUUUUAGUAAGGAAAUAUUAGAAGUGGAUGAAAUACUUAA